AUGCAGUGGCUUGCUUUCGAGCCCGAGCACGCACUUAUCUUUGCGCGACCGCGAGGAGGACCAGGAGGACCUCCGCCUGGGGAUGGAGAGGGGCCUCCAGGGGAGUCACCAGAUGGUAGAGAGCAUGGUGUAGAGGGCAUGCCAUGGAAGCGACAAACCCAACAGCCCCUCACAGAGCCUAUCUCUACCAACGAAGCUGUUGGCUACCUCCACACCUACGCUCCGAAACAUCCACUCCAUCUCCUCUACAUCGAUGGCCUCAGCGCCGGCAAGACAUCCAACGGGACCCUCGACACGCAAGACCGGCUCCUCCUCAACCUAACCACUGGCGACGUUGGUGGUCCUAUGGGUGGUGAGAUGGCGCGCGCCAAGGGCCUAUGUGAUCUCGCGGCCACGGUCUGGGAAGACCGCAUUGACGGAAUCUUGCGUCUUGAAGGCGGCUUCGAGAUUAUCCUGUGUGAUUUCGAAAAGCAUCUUGAACGGACGGAUAUCGUUAGCGUGACAUCGAGAGGGGAGAAGGGACACGGGCCAAUAGGCGGCUGGGAGUACAUCAAGGCUAUUACGAGUCGGUACCACGGCAUCGGAAACGAUCGUGUGACGGUGGAUCAUGAGAAGUUUGUCAGUGUGUAUGCGCAGGAGGUUAAGGGGCUGUGGGACAAUGAUGUCCAGUCUGAUGUGCGCAUGCCGCGGCUUACGAAUGUCUCGCCCUCGGAUCUGAGCAAGAUCAAGGACGACGUCACAGCCAUGAUUUUGGGGAAGGACUGGGAUGAAGAGAAAGGGAAAGGGAGGGAUUGGCAGGCCGUCGCCGAUAUGGUGGUUGCCAGGUACUCCGCGCCAUUGCACCAUAUCACCACACACUCGGCUUUCCAACGAGACAAAGAAGCGUUAGCAGUCUAUCUGCAGGGCCUGCUCCGUCCCUUCAUCGACAGCACAGCGAGGAAUGCGUCAAAAGAGACACAGCGCUGCGUGUCACAACUCCUCCCACCCCUCCCCUCCCUCAGCAUCCCUCCGGCCUCCCUCCCCCCACUCGCGCACCGCGCCCUCCACACCGUCACAACACGGAUCUGCGACUCCCUCCUGACCUCUUUAUCCAUCGCCACGUCUCCCACCCCGCAUUCCAGCUUCUCCACCGUGUAUGCCGAGCACGCAGUUGAGGUCGUGGCCGAGCUGGUACAGUGGUUGAACUGGACGAGUUGGAAAGAGUGCGGGGCUUGUGGUGAUGAAGAGGUGUGUUUUGUGCCGAUUUGGCCGAUGGGAAGUGCUAAGGAUCACGCGAAACCAAAGUGUAGGGGCGAAAAGGAGGUUGAGGGGCGCAUGGGGUAUUGGGGGUUGAGAAGGAGCGCACCGCCUGGGAAGGGGGGGCCGCAUGGUGAUGGUAAGAAGGGUGGGAGGUGGUGGAAGAUGGAGAGGUGA